AAUGGUCAAUACCAUCCAUUUCUUCUUCAGUUCUUCUUCAACACCGAAAAGGAAAAGAAGCAAACCGAUGACUGAACUCGUACUCAUCGUGCUUUGACUGAGAUCACCUGAGCUUUUGACGAAGACCAAUUAAUGGCGAUGAGCUCAUGGAAGCAGAAGGAAUUCGCAUUCAUUAUAAUUUACGCAAUUUGUUUCUACAUCUUCAUCAUCUAUCGCUCUCUCAAACUUUCCCAUGAUCAUUAUCAACAGCUUCGGGGUCUCCGACCUGGAUGGCUUGCCAAUCGACUCAAUGAUGUUUCGGAUGGCCAAUGGAGAAACUUCCGUGGAAAUAUUCCAAUUCUUUCUGCUGUUUUUGGAGCAUUCACCGCUUUAGCCACAAGUUUGCGGAAAUUCUAUCAUCUAAGAGCUAGUGGCAUGUCUAUUGUCUGGCUUUUGAUUUCCUUGAUCUACUUAAUUUAUCUGCACGGAGCUUGUAUUCUUUUCAUCCUAUCAAUAGCUUCACUGAAUUUUCUUCUUGUCAAGAUUUUUGCAAGGACAAAGUACUUCCCAUAUGUGCUGUGGACCUUCAAUGUGUUUUUCCUAAUUUUUAACCGUGUUUAUGAAGGAUAUUCUUUCUCCAUCUUGGGGCAUCAGUGGGCGUAUUUGGACAGUUUUCGGGGCACAUUCAGGUGGCAUAUCUGCUUUAACUUUGUUACCCUACGCAUGAUAAGUUUUGGAUAUGAUUACCAUUGGGCACAGAAAGAUUCUCGCUUUGAUCAGGAGGUAAAGCAUAUUCAGCGGUGCUCAAUUUGUAAAUCAGGAAGAACAUGCUAUUUAUCUUUACAGGAGAGGAGCUUAGAGGAGGAAAAAUACUCAUAUAGCAUAUACCUAUGUUACCUGGUAUAUGCUCCACUUUAUAUCGCCGGUCCUAUUAUUAGUUUCAAUGCAUUUGCGUCACAGAUAGAUCAUCCACAAAAUACAUAUUUGUCCAAAGAUGUAGCUCUUUAUGGGUUAAGAUGGACCUUCUCUCUUUGCCUAGUUGAACUGAUUACCCAUUUCUUUCAUUACAAUGCCUUUGCAAUAAGUGGCUUGUGGAAACAGCUAUCAGCUUUUGAUGUCUUUAUCAUCGGGUAUGGGGUCCUAAAUUUCAUGUGGCUGAAGUUUCUUCUCAUUUGGCGCUACUUUCGGUUUUGGUCAUUGCUUAAUGGCAUUGAGGCUCCCGAAAAUAUGCCAAAAUGCAUCAACAAUUGCUACAAUUUGGAGAGUUUUUGGAAAAGUUGGCAUGCAUCCUACAAUAAGUGGCUUGUGAGGUACCUUUACAUUCCGCUUGGUGGUGCACAGACAAAGUUGCUAAAUGUGUGGGUUAUAUUCACAUUUGUUGCUAUCUGGCAUGAUUUGGAAUGGAAACUUCUAUCUUGGGCAUGGCUGACAUGUAUCUUUUAUAUCCCAGAAAUAUUAUUGAAAUCAGUAGCUAGGGCUUUUCAGGUGGAGAGUACUUUCUGGAAGUUUUUCUUACAGGAAUUGAGUGCAAUUUCUGGGGCUGUAACAAUUACUUGUCUCAUGAUUGCUAAUCUUGUCGGCUUUGUUGUUGGGCCAUCAGGAAUCAAUUUCUUGAUUUCUGGUUUCCUUCAUAAAGAAGGACUUCCCGUACUUGCUGGCAUACUUUUUACCUUCUAUCUAGGAACAAAGCUUAUGUUUCAUAUACGUGAUGCCAGACAAAAACCAUUGAGUUGAGGAUGCUGAAAACCAUUUUACUAAUUUGGCUGUAAAUCAUUCUACGAAACUUUUGACAUGAAAACGGAUACCGAAUCUUAAGAAUCAGAGAAGGAGAUUUUGCAGUAUUGGUAGUCAAGGAUCGUAAGUGUGUUAGGCGACUUCUGGUGAGAAGACAUGCAAUCUAAAGACUUCUGCAAACGAAUUUUAUGGAAAAGGACAUGUGCGAGAGCUGAUACCAUGUUCCAUCUCAUCCUUGAUUGAUUCAAAUCAUCAAUCCAUGUUAAGUUUUGGUGAUUGAUUUUGUGAUCAUGCACAGUUUUUGUUUUUGGAUGAUCGAAGUAAAACCACACAAGCAGCCGAGAAUCAUUUUUCCAAUUGAUGCUUUUUAAUCUCGUGGAAUUAAAGCCUAAAAUAUAAUUCUAAUCUAUCCUAUGCUAUUUAAUCUAA